CUUUCCUAUUUUUAUUUGCUUGUGUUUAUAUUAUGUAUAUUAAUUUUUAUUUGUGUGUUAUUUUGCAGUGGAAGAACCACGUGAACCUCGUAUACCUCCGACUGUCUCGAACCGUAAGAAGAGGAAGGAAUUAUCCGAUAGAGGCAAGGGCAGAGCAGUCACGACCAAGAAAAAGACCACGACCAAGAAGAAGUCUGGAGAGGGUUCUUCGUCAACGAAUCCGGUGCCGGCUCUACCUUCGACUGUAGAAGUUGGUGAUUCGAGCAACGAACCGGUCCGAGGUCCCGAGAUACCGGAAUUGUACACAAAAUUUGAUAAGCACAUUGCUUAUCAUAUUGUGAACGGAGGGCCAAAUCGCUCGGAGCGCGGCUCAGAAUUUCGAAUUCGAAAUCACACAGGAACUUUGAAAGGUUGGGAGCCGGCGCCGUUUAUUACAGAGGUAGUACAAAGAUGUGGAUUAAUGUCAGUUGUACAAGCAUCGUACAACACUGUGGACGGCCAUCUACUUAGAGCCUUCAUAGAGAGAUGGCAGCCAGCUACCAACACAUUUCACUUACCUGUUGGAGAGAUGACCAUCACACUUGACGAUGUGAGUACGUUGGUCGGUUUGCCAGUUGUUGGGCGUACCGUAUCUUGCGAGCGUUUGAUCCGUGAUUCCAAAACGAAGCCCAGUAGUUUGAUGUUCGAGUUGCUAGGUGAGUACCCGGACGAUGUAAACAAGAAGAAAGCGGUGAAGUUGGAAUGGUUGAAGGCUAAAUUUAGCAAAGUGACCAUGAGAGAUAGUGCGGAGAAGAGGACAUACGCCAUUCGGGCGUAUUUGUUAUUUUUGCUCGGGUGUACUAUACUGUGCGACAAGACAGGCAACAUGGUAAGCGUGGAGUAUCUAAAUCUUGUAUCUGAUUUGGAUCGGAUCGGCGAGUAUGCUUGGGGCACUGCAUGUCUUUGCCGGUUGUACGAUGAGCUUUCCUCAGCCUCACAAAAAUCAACGAACUCGAUGGCUGGCUGGCUGACGCUCUUUCAGUCAUGGAUUUACGAGCACUUUCCUUAUUUGGCGGGUGGCACAUUGAAGACGGAGUUCGAGGGGCCAUUAGCGAACCGAUGGGAGCCUCAGUCAAAGACUACUUCAACGCCUGAACGAGCGUCGUACCUGCGAUCUCGAUUAGAUGAUUUGAUCCCCGAUCAGGUUUUAUGGUCACCGUAUACGGCUAUUCGUGAUCGUUUCCCGAUGCCAGAUUCUGCUUGGUUUAGUGGGAUGAUAUGUUGCAUGGAUCACUUCGAGGCAUAUCAUCCGGACAGAGUGUUGAGGCAGUUCAACCGGGUGCAAAUCAUUCCAGGUCGUGCAUACAUGUCAAAAGAUAUGUACAAAGCUCUAGUUAGCAAAGGUCGACCGGUCCAGAACUCAAUUUUCGUUGCGUACGGCGAACGAUUCUCUGAUCGGUGGGAGGAGUAUUGUCUGGACGAGGAGUCGAGGUCCGUUGAAGUUGAACUCGGGGAGGCGGACACUUCGCCGGACUACAUGAAUUGGUUCCGACCCAGAUGCAUGUUACAACUGAGUAGGCAUGGAGCCCAUCCACCUCGACCCCAGGCGGAUCGACCUCGACCACAUGAAGCUCGUCCAGGGGGUGGUACCAAUAAGGAGGUCCAACUUUCACAAAUUUUGGAGUUGGUGAAGGGUACACUUAGCGAAGUGCGGGGACUUGCGCCAUCCGACGCUCAUACGGUCAUGUGGGGGACCCUAAAUGAUAUUGUCAGAUUGAUCGAGCCGGAUGCCCCACUUCCACCUCCUUCGAGCUCGUCGGAUGCCCCACCACCACCUCCAGGUAGCUCGAUAGGGCCAAUUCCACCGCCAUCGAGCUCGUCCGAUGCCCCACAGGCGGUUGUGAAACGCGUGUUUAGUAGGAAGAAAAAAACACAGGAUUAGUCUUGUAUUUUUUUAGAUGGAUGUUGUUUGAUGGAUUUUAUUUGA